AUGAAAAGUGACAAAAUUGUUCAUAAGUGCAAAUCAGUGGAAUACGCAGGAAUCCAUUUUAGAUUUUAUCCUGGUCCGUGGGGAUCUUGUUCCACCACGUGUGGACCUGGAAUUGCAACACGUACAGUUGAAUGUAUAGCUUUACAAGGGAUCACUUCGAAUGUGAUAAAAUUACCCGAUUACGAAUGCGAAGGGAUCACAAAACCAGCUGCCUUUCAACCAUGUCAACUACAGCAGUGCCCAUUAAAUGAAGUAGCUGAUGAUCCAGCAACUGUACGUGAACGAUCGCUUUCCACGUCAAGCACAUUUAAGUGGGAUUACGGAGAAUGGACUGCUUGCUCAGCGUCAUGUCUUGGAGGCAAACAACGUUCUACACUCAAAUGUGUAGACGUUAAGCGUCAAAACGCAGUUGCGUGGUCAUUCUGUGAUGCAAAGCAAAGACCCGUAGAUUUGACACGAUCAUGCAAUAACGAUCCGUGUCCACCAGAAUGGGAUGUUGGAGAAAUGUCAGAAUGCUCCCAUACUUGUGGAGGUGGUCUACGUACCCGAAAGGUACGAUGCAUACGACGUAUAUCACGUAGUGGUGGUGCUGAAUCGACGCUAAUUUUACCUGAUGGACAAUGCUUACAGCCGAAACCAGAAAGUAGUAAAGCGUGUGGUUUGGUUGAUUGCGCUGCUACGUGGAAGAUUGGUGACUGGAGUUUGUGUUCGACUAGUUGUGGUCCUGGUGAACAGCGUCGUGAAGUAGCAUGUGAGCAACGUGUUGCUACUGGUGAAGUGAAACAAUUUCAUCCACCCAUUCAAUGCCGCCACGUUGAGAAACCACCAACUGUACAACUGUGUGACUUAGGGACGUGCAAUGUAUCGAGUUACUUUGUUGCUCAAAAUAACAACAAAUUCGCUACAUCGAUGCCAAAUUUGCUACAUCAUGAUUACAGUCGAAAGUUAACGUUAAAUGUUGGCGGAAGUGCAAAGCUAUUUUUAGGUACAUCGUUGAAGGUCAAAUGUCCCGUACGUAAUUAUGCAAAAAAUAAGAUUAUAUGGACUAAAAAUGGAAAGCCAAUUGAAAACAACGCUCACGUAAAAAUAUCCUCAAACGGUGCAUUACGUAUUUUUCACGCCACAAUGAAAGACGCUGGUUUGUAUGCUUGUAUUGCUAAUGGUGUUCAGGGCAAUGUAACACUGAGCUUUAAGCCACGUAAUAACUUAGAGGACGAACUUGAAAAUGAUUCUCGUUCUAUGUUGAGUAAAAAUUUGCUAGAAGAUGAGAUCGAUGCAGAUCCGGCUGCUGUUGAUUUUCAGCUAAUACAAAAAGUACGUGAGUCACUGAAAAAGAAUCAUGAUAUUCGAAUGUUUGAUCGCUUGGCUGAUGUAACUGAACCAGGCAAUAUUAAGGUUGAUUAUGCAACUGGUGACUGGUCGAAAUGCUCGCAUACUGAAUGUGGAGGGUCAGGUGGUGCUCAGAUACGGCAAUUGAAAUGUCGCUUGAGUUACCAGGGGUCAGUUGGAUAUCUUGAUGAUGAUAUAUGCGAAAGUUUCGGGGUGAAUCGGCCACCCUCCUCAAGAAGUUGUCUUCCAUCUCAUUGUCCUCGAUGGCAAACAUCUCGUUGGUCCGAAUGUUCGAUGUCACGUUGUAUUCGACAUGCUACAUCUAUCCAAAAACGUGAAGUAAAGUGCGCGUAUAUAAAUGGUACAGCUGCACCCUUUCACCUUUGUGAAAAAGGAAGUCGGCCAAAAGUUAAAAAAGAAUGCGUCAAUGUAAAUUGCACUGCAGAAUGGCGGUCGUCUGUAUGGGGCCAAUGCAGUCGAACGUGUGGAGAUGGUGGCGUACAGAUGCGCAUUUUACGUUGCAUAUGGCGUGGAACACGUAAGCCAGCAGGUCGUAAUUGUCAGUCAUCGCUUCGACCACCUGCGAUACGUUCAUGCGAUAAAUCUAGUGGUUCUAUGUUGUCUUCAUGUCCAAAAUCUCUAAAAGGUGCUUCAGUUUCGAGUCUUCUUGCAUUCACUCCUCGGCCUCUAUUCAAAGGAUGGGAAAGGUGGCGUGGUUGGCGGCUUUAUAAUUGGGAAUCUGAUGAGAGUGGCAAUUUACGACGGAGAAUCUAA